GGUAAGCUCAUUUCUGUGGAGAGAAAGUAAAACAUAUCAGUCUAAGAAGCUAGGGCAUUUAAAGGCAGUUAAUAUUUACUGAUCCUGGGGCUUUUACAGCCUUCACCCAACAAAUAGAUUAACUCACAGCAGCCCUAUGAAUAUAUCGUAUAUACUUAACACGGUCUUAUCUUAUGUAUCAUUGAUGAAGAGGCUGUUUUAAUUACUCCACAGGAGAUAAUGCAAGCAAUUAAGACUUGCAAAUUUAAGAAAAAAACAACCUGCUCCCAAUGGUGAAUGUCAAUCACUGGAUUUGCAGGUAUAUACCAUGUAGCAGCCAAAUAAGCUUUAAUUCAAACAUCCUCCAGGAUCGAAUACAGGGAGUAAGGAUGAGAGGCUUGAAUGGGUGGUGUUAGAUAAAUCUGACGAAAGAAUAUUUCCUGUGCGAAAGAGCUAAAGGAGACACAUCUGUAGGAGGGGCUAGCUGACAAGGGAGAGUUCCUAACAUAAAAGGUUGUGCUAGCAGCAGACUCAGACGAUUGCCUGCAACUUCAGCACCAUGAACACUUCCUUAGCAAGACUCCAUUUUGCAGGAGGCUAUCAGCCUUCUGACUCCAAGGACUGGAGAUCUAUCCUUCCUGCUUUCUUGGUGGCAAUCUGUUUAGUAGGCUUUGCAGGGAACCUGUGUGUGAUUGGCAUCCUCCUACAUGGUAUUUGGAAAGGAAAAUCAUCCAUGAUCAACUCCCUGAUUUUAAAUCUGAGCCUAGCUGAUCUCUUUCUUCUACUAUUCUCUGCACCCCUGCGGGCAGCAGCGUACUCCAAAGGUGUUUGGGAAAUGGGAUGGUUUGUCUGCAAAUCUUCUGACUGGUUUGCCCACACGUGCAUGGCAGCCAAGAGUCUUACAAUUGUUGUGGUAGCAAAAGCAUGCUUUAUGUUUGCAAGCAACCCAGCCAAGCAAGUGAGUAUCAACAAUUGUGCAAUAUGCAUGGUGCUGGUAGUCAUCUGGGUCAUGGCCUGCCUCUUACCCUUGCCUGAAUGGUUCUUUAGUACCCUUAGGUACCACGAAGGUGUGGAGAUGUGCAUCAUGGACGUACCAGCCCUGGCCCAGGGAUUCACUUCUAUAUUCGUUAAGCUCUACCCUCUGCUCGUAUUUUGCCUUCCUUUGCUCUUCGCUGGGACGUAUUUUUGGAAGGCUUAUUGCCAGUACCAACACAGAGGAACCAAGACUCAAAAUUUAAGAAGCCAGAUCCGAUCUAGGAGACUCACAAUGAUGUUAGUAAGUGUUGCUAUAACCUCUGCUGUCAUGUGGCUACCAGAAUGGAUAGCUUGGGUCUGGGUAUGGCAUUUAAAGAAAGGAAGUCCUGUUCCACCUCAAGGUUUCAUAGCCUUGUCUCAAGUCCUCAUGUUUUCCAUCUCUUCUGCAAACCCCUUCAUUUUUUUAGUGAUGUCUGAGGAAUUCAAAGGUUUCAAGGAUUUCUGGAAAUUGCUAACAUCAAAAAAGCCUCUACCUGACCCAGAUUCUCAAGGAACACCAGCUGGUAACUCACAGAUCAUUUCAGAUAAUGUUCUAUCUCAAGAGCCCUUGCCAUCUGAAUCAGACAAAGAGAAACCUGGAUCUUCCCCUUCUGGUGAGGAGAAAACAAACAAGGAGAUUCCUGUCCUACCCGAUGUGGAACAAUUCUGGCAUGAAAGGGAUGUAGUCCCUUCUGAACAAGACAAUGACCCUAUCCCUUGGGAACAUGACGAUUCUGAAAUAGCAGGUUGUUGUAAAUGAAAUUACAAGUUCCCAAGUCAAGUGAAGAUGUGUAUUUAUUGUAUGUUAUAUUGCUCUCAAGAUUUUGCUAGGUACAAGUCUAGUAAUCAUAUCUUUGCACUUGGUUGUACUCAAAAAAUAUCUUGCUGAUAAAGUUUUCAAAACCAUAUUGCCAAUAAAUAGGGAUACCCUUACAUUAGGUGAAUAUUUAUGAUAUUUAGAAUUUGAAAUAAAAUUUUCAAAUUUAAUG